AUGGUUCAAUGGAGAGAUCGCAGGAUACUAUCAUUUACUUGUAAGUAUUCUAAGCAUACCACUUGGCCAAUUGAUUAUCCCGAUUACAAUAGUGACCUAUGGAUACCAAGUGGUAAGUAUUAUCACCUUUCCAUUAACUAUGGAGAGGUGAGGGCUUACUAUAGAAUAAUGAGUGAG